GCCAAGUUCAAAACAUGUCGGUCUUUCGCGGAGUUGUUGAAGCAAAAAUAAGAUAAUUUCUCGAAUGAAUUAUAUCUUGUCAGUUUAUGAUACAUAUUCAUUUGAAACACACAACAAGGUGGUCGUCAUCUGCCCACUGACCAUGCAGCCAUAUCGUGCGCACAAUCAGACACGACUUAAUGCCUAACCAGUCAAGCCAUAAGUUUGUGUUUGUCAAAUCGGUUCCGGCUAGCUUAUUACAAGAUCCCUCAUAUGUUGUGUAUGCUUGAUUGAGACUUUUCUGUCUCUUGAAAAUGGCUGCCCUCUUAAAGAAGAGAGCACUUGCGGAGUACAGUCAAGUGAUUCAGGAAGAGCCAAAGCCUGUGAAGAAGCUCCGCCUCCAGCACAAGCCUCCUGCAACAGAACUUCAUCUUGAUCUGCAGAACACAAGCAGCUCCCAUGAUGCCCUGCAGGUGCUCCUUGACUUCCAGGCAGGCCUUGUGUCUGUGUCUGGUGAAGCUGCUAUGGAUGUAGUUGGGGAGCUGAUGGAACACUACCAUCGUGAGAAGGAGGCCGUUGUGAGGAGCAAGAUAGCACAGGUGUUAGGGCAUCUGUGUCGACUGCCUGGCUUCUCUCCAGACAACGUCAUUGACCAUCUCCUGUCCAUACUCAGCACAGAAAAAUCACACAAAGUAUUGCGUGAGAUCAUCCAAGCUCUCUCAUCAAUCGGGAGACAGCUCCCCAGCAGCCUUGCUGGCUACAAAGUACAGAUACUGCAGGCUGCCAAAUCUCACCUGUGUGACUCGGCCCAUAGUGUGAGGAGCAGCUGUCUCGAUACUAUUGGAGUCUUGUGGUCAGCUGAUUCAAAGGGUGACGGUGAAAACCAGACAGACAUGCAGAAACUCAUAACAAAAUACUUCAGUGAUCAGGACCCUCGUGUGAGAACAAGUGCUUUCCAAGCAAUGGUGGGUUUCCACCAGCGUGGUCUACAACUUGACCUCAGCAUUCACCAGCAUGCAUGCCAGGCAUUCACAGAUGACUAUGAGGAUGUGCCGAGGGCGGCAGUGAAAGUGGUGUGGGUUCUAUGUCAUCUAUACCCGGAAAGCCUGGUGCCUGUGUGUGAAUCAUCAGCAGAGGAGCUGCGCCUUGUUGAUGAUGGCUUUGCUAAGAUCUGUAACAUGAUUAACGACAUCUCAGUGAAGGUUCUGGUGGAGGCUGCCUCUCUACUGGGCUCCCUACAUCAAGUCAGCCCUCGAUUCCUGGAACAAACCCUGGACAAAAAACUGAUGUCCAACAUGAGAAGAAAGCACAGUGCCCAUGAACGUGCCAAAGAGCAUUUCCAGUCUGGUGAAUGGUCAACUGGCCAGAAGUGGGCUGACGAUGCACCCAAGGAACAAAUAGAUCCAGAAAAUAUCAACCUCAUGAACAUCGGAGCAUGUGGAGCGUUCAUACAUGGACUUGAAGAUGAGUUUUAUGAGGUGCGUAAUGCAGCUCUAGACUCGCUGUGUGAACUGGCAGCUCAGUCCAGAGUGUUUGCCAACCUAUCGCAGGAUAGCAUCAUCGACAUGUUCAACGAUGAGAUCGAGAGUGUGCGUCUGAAUGCCAUUAACAGUUUGAGGAAAAUCUCACACCACAUUGUGCUCCGACAAGACCAGUUGGAGAUCAUCCUUGGUGUAUUGCAGGAUUUUUCUGGAGCAACUCGUACAGACCUGCGAGAUAUGCUGUGUGACAUGCGUCUGUCUAACAAAGAGUGUCUGAAUGACACGGUGCUGGCUCUGUUAGACAACCUUCGCAGAUACCCGCAGGACAGGACCUCAGUCUGGAAGUGCUCCAUGUUUCUGGGGAAAAACCACCCCCAGCUGUGCCUGACCCAGGCUCGGGAACUGCUGUGUAUUCACCCCUACUUCAACACCCCGGUUCCUGACAUGGAUGACCCAGCUUAUAUUGCUAUCCUGGUGCUGAUGUUCAAUGCCUGUGUGGACUGUCCCACACUGAUUCCCCUGCUGCAAGGCCACACACUGAGACACUACACCUACCUGCGUGACAGCCAGCCCCACCUGGUGCCCAUCCUGGCGGGUAUAGAAAGACUUGAAACUGGUGAUGUGACAGCUAGAAUAGUGGAGACUGAUGUGAGCACUGCUCCCUUCCGUACAGAGUGUUUGGGAAGACUGUCCAGCCUGGCUGCACUGGACAAUGACACAGCCUCACAGCUUCUCUCAACAACAGUCAGAGAUCUGAAGAGGAUGAAAGAUCUUGACGGGCGAGUUUCAGCAUCAGCUGAGUGUACAUGCACCUUCCUACAGAGUCAGCUCAUCAUAACUCAGAUAAUGUCACAGAUGCAGUCCUGUGUGGGGAGUCUGACAGCAUCUGAUAACAUCUUGGCUCCUAUAGAUAAGGUGCUGGAACUGACGACAUGCCUGCAGACCUUGUUCUUAGGUCUGAGCAACAUGGAGAUUGGGCUCAUCAAGCAGACUGAACUCAAGGCUAUCACACUGCAGCUGAGGGUGAUCCUCAGCAAGUCCUCGCUGGUGGAACAGUUCAGGGCAACAGAAGCCUACAAGCAAUAUCUUAAACUCAUACACAUGUUCCUGGAAUCCAACGGCCUUGCUGGGGACAACUUCACAAAGCAGAUUCUGUCUAGCCUCAACACUUUAGACCCAACCAAGCUGAACUCAGUCCGCCACCUCAUUCAGUCAGCUAUUCCAUUGAUUCGCCCAGUGGCGUUCCCCACCACCCAACAAGUGCGCAAAGCCAAGGUUGUCAUACAUGAGCCAGGGCCUAAUGUAUCAGACACCCCGGUCAAGUUUGCAGCAGGCCUCACAGCAGCCAUUCCCCUGGAUGUGACUGUUGAAAAUUUACCUGAUGUUCACAGACUUAAGAUACAGGUACGUUACCCAGACCAGCAGGUCCAGCUGCUGACACCAUGUGCCUCAGACUGGAAGAAGUUGAGUCCACUCCGACACAGGCUCCAGACACAGGUGGUCAUUUCACAUGCCUUGUGGUCAGAGUCAUGUUGUGUUGAGCUGAACCUUGUGUUGGAGCCAAAUCUUCAGGGGAAACGUUUUUCAAAGAAGCAGGACCUUGUAGACUUGUGUUCUCCAGUCCAAGUGUUGGUUUCUACCAAACCAGCCAAAAGAUGACCCUGAAGAAACGUUCCAUUACCAACAUGUCCUGAAGGCUUGUCACUCUCCAUUUUAUGUAAAAGAUGAAAAAUAAAACCUUGCAACUGAA